AGUAGAAGCAUUGUAUAAAAAAAGGUUGUUUAGAAACAUAGCAACAUCAUUCAGUUCGUAGCUUUCAAACAAUAAGGAUUUCGUCCAUCCAAGAGUGUUAACAAAAAAGAUAAAAAUUAAAUUUUAAUUAUUUAUAUUUUUUAAAUUAAAGUUUAAAAGCAAAUAAAUAAUAUUUUGUGCCAAUUAAAAUAAAUUGUGAUAAAAAUUUUUAAUUUUGUGUGUAAAUUAAAAAAAAAAAAAAAUCAAAAAUGUAUCCAUCAAACUUGCCGAAGUUAACAAUAGCGGAAGAAUUUACUUCAGCAUUCCACCCAAGUGGAAUGUUGGAUCGCGAUCAAAGGACAACGUCGUUUGGCAUUGAUAGGUCCACCAUAAGUCAAUUAACUCAUAAAAACCAAAACCGGCCAUCAUCCACAACUUCCUACGUUAACAACAAUCAUCAUCAUCAUCACAGUCAUCAAAUUAAUUUUGACGGAACCACAACCAGCACUGCUUGUGAAAUGUGUACGAAUAUCAGCCAUCAAACAAAGGACAACAACGAAACCGUUAUGUGCCUGUUAACAAAAAAUGUCCGAAAAUCCGACAACCAUCGGUCAAGGAUGAAAUUUCCUGCGAUCUUUCAAGUUACUGCCUGGAUUAUAUUUUUCACAAUUAACAUUAAUUUAAUAACAGCUAAGCCACUAGGAUCAAUGAUGCUAAGUGAAGGAGAAAUUAAAAGUAUAUGCAAAGCAACAACGUUUAAUAUAAAAACUACCAAUUAUUCAACAGAGACUCUUAAACACGAAAUGGAAGAAUAUCAAAAAACCACAAAUACAGCAGACAUUUCUCAAUGGAAUCAUUAUGGCGGUUCGAUUGAUAAAAAGAACGUUGAAGAAUUGUUCAAAGAAACUAAACCUCUAGAAGUGUACAAAAAUGCUCUCAAGGAAAUGCAUGAACAUCUUUUGGCAGCUAGAAACAAUUUAAAUUCCCAUCUAUGUCAACACACAAAUGACAAAUAUAUGGGACACACAUUACAUAUUAUGGGUCUGAAUGACAGUGAAAACGAUCUCGUCGUAUCAUAUUUGGAAUCAAUUCGUCGAUAUAAUGAAUUGAGUAUUGUUCAAUUGGAAGAAGCCCACGAGGAACUCAGAUCGGUUCCAAAAGCUGAAAUAAAUUGUACUCUAGUACCGAAUACUGGAGUAGUUGCAGAAAUUAUAACAAUGAGAAAACUUCAAGCAACUCUUACAUAUAUGACAAAUUUUUUCAAUCAUGUAGAACAAAAAUUUUGUUUAGGCAAAUGAUAAAACAAUUAUCAAAUAACUAUUAUAAUAAUAAUAGUUGUAAAUUAUUAGUGGUAUUUAUGUUCCUUGACUGAUUUAGUGUACUUACAUAUUAGAUUUAAAGAAACAAAUUGUUUGUAUUUUUAUAUCAAUCUAAAUAUUUUUCAAAAAUAUAGACAAACAAAAAGAAUUUUAAAUAACUUUGUCACGAAAAAAUGUCUUAUAUUUGUACUUAUAAAUUAUU